UGAGAGAGAGAGAGAGAGAGAGAGAGAGAGAGAGAGAGAGAGGAGGAGGAGGAAGAAAGAAGGGUGGAGGAGAAGUUGUGACGACUUUGGUUUCCCCGGUUCCCCAGUCGCGGAAGAAGAAGGGAGAAGAAUUCCCCAGACCCCCCUGCGGCGGUCGCAGCCCAUGAAACCGUUGCUCCAAGUAAGACGAGUACAAGACCCUUGUCUUCUUCUGAAUUUCACUACAUCUGUCGACAGCCAAGAGCCCUAGAGAUUACCUUCAUUUGAAAGCCGAGUGCCCUAAGUUUUCAAUCAGAGAGCGAGGGAGGUAAGACGAUUCUCUCCUCUUUGCUUACCGAAAAUUUUACUUACGGAAAAACGUUUUUUUUGAAAAAUGGCUCCUGGAAUAUCUUUGAAAAUUUUUCCAUAGGCUGCUUCUUAUUUUGCAUUGCCCUGUGGUUAUGAAGGAUCAUUUACAAGUCAUCUUUGUGCUUUUGAACUCUCAUGUGUAGUUUGUCUUUUGUCAAAGAUGCAAGAUCCAAGAAUGCUGCUACCUAAGGAAGUUCUGAAUAUGAAGACGUGGAAGAAGAAAUCCUCAAGCCAAGAUCAGUCACGAGGGAGCAAUGUCAAAGAAGUUCAAGACGUACUGCAGCACCUACCAUUUGAAGUAGGGCAGAAGGCCUCCAAAAGAAGUUUGAUGAAGGAUGUUUCUGCACUUCUCCAGCAAUCUGAAAAAUCAUCAGAUUCUUUGCCCGACACUUCUACAUGUGGCAAUGAGUACCGGGCCUUGAGGCGGAAGUAUUUGCUGCUGGAAGAGGAGAGCUUUGGUCUAGGAAGAGAAUUGAGAGAGAUGGAAGAUGAGGUUAAAAUGCUUGAAGAUGAGAAGCUGGCGCUCUUGGACCAUCUUGUUGUGUUAGAAGGCCUGAUUGAUCCCUCUGAGAGUCGGUGUGGGCAGCAAAAAUCAUUGAACUAAACUCAUUGAUUUGUUCCUACGUCGUGCCUUAGUGGCUGAGACACUGCAAUCUGAACUGCAGACAGACAGUAUUUGGCACCUUCAUUUGUGUAAUGUUGGCAAAAGACAAAUUGCCCCUUGCAUAAUAUAUAUAUAUAUAUAAGAGAUGGUUCUACCUUUAAUGUCAAA